AUGGCCUUUCGUGCCUCCUCAAUUGACGUGCUCAACUCCUACCCUCUCACUUCCGUCCAUCCUCAAAGACGCCCCUCUCCCAACCCUACCCCUCGUCGGUUCCAUCGGAGCCAGCUCUUGACAUCGUACCUGUACUGCUUACCCAGGGUAUACACGCACACGCACACUGUACAUUAUUCAUUUCCUCCCUGAAAUCAAUUGUUUUCGAAUACUUUCAUAUCGCGAGCUGCCGUUUUUUGUAACCCGAAUGUUGUUUAUCAGGCGUAAGCCAGGACGCCUGUACUUUUGCCACUGAGAUCAUGUCUAGCCUGGUUGGCUUUAAUGAUGUUGCUGAUGGCAUUUCACACACAGGCCCCAAGGUUUGUGGGUGUCUCCUAUGCCAUGAUUAGCAAACCAUGGCACUCGCAGCCGGGUGUAUACUGGCAGUUCUCUGGCACUUGCUUCCCUGCCGGUAGAUGUGCUUGCGUUCCCACUGGGCAUACAGGCCGUGUGCAUGGCUGUCCAGCCAUCCACGCCCUUUCUGUUGUUGUUAUUGGUCAAAAUCCUUAUCAAGUGUUUGUUGUGGAUUAAGGGGUGUGGGAUGGAGCACCAAGGUGCGGGUUCGGCCGCGCCAUCCACUUACGCCCUCCCCGCCGUCGGUCUAGACGCCGGAUCUAGGUGGGGAGGAGGAGGGAUUGCGGUAGAUGAUGCGCAAAUCUACGCUCACCAUAAACUAACUAAAGCUUCACCUUGCUGUGGAUCAGACUAUGGACAUGGUCGGAUGCGACGGUCAAACUAUCGCACAUGGAUGACAGUCCUGGGUAGACCAAUCAGCUCUCUUCAGCAUUGAGAACCAAAUACCGUAGAUCCGUCAGGUACCCCUUCCACCAGAUUUUCAGCCGAUCGCCUCUUUUUUCCCGUCGGAAGUGGGCGACAGCACUGAUCUCAUGGGCUGGGCUGCGACGAACCUGUCCCAAACCACCCCACUCGUCUUUCAUGGAUGGCCUGAAAUACCUUCGUGAUAUUUUCGCAGCUGAUGCAUUUCACUCUGAGAGUGGUUCUUGAAAAACUCCAAUUUUUCCCCCUCUCCCCAGCACAGGGCCUGGAAUUCACAACCGUACAGGAGACCUGAUCGAGCAGACUAUCGACACGCAGGCGCUCAAGCAUCUUUAUGGCGACUGGCGGAUUCCAUGAGGCUCCUCUAA